UUUUUUUCUCACGCAUAUGUCAACAUUUUAAAAUGAAUGCGUCAGCAAUCAAAAAAAGGUUGUCAGUGCCUGUGAAAGCUUUGUGGAAGAUGGUAGUUACUACAAUGGCUCUUGGCAAGGAAUAUACAGGCUGAGCUAAUUGGAUUUAGGAUUUAUAUAUAUACGGCUGGGAGAAUUACUGGCCGCGGUGUAUGGACGAGCAGGGUUGAAGGUUCAUACAUAUAUAAAUACAUAAUUAUACAUGUACACUCGUCCGCUCCCAUAGAUUGAUAUUUACUAGGUAAAGGUAUUCCCUAGGUACACACAUAAGUAAACACGCACACAGGUAGACAUACGUACCUGUUCAGCGCUAUUAGGCGUGAGAUAUUCUCCAGUGUUGUGGUGUGUUUUAAAAAUGUGAAGGAUUCAGUAGCCGUUCGAAACAGACGACCAAAACAAAUCACAAAAUGUGAAAUGUUAGGGAAUGCGUUUAUAUUCUGACAAAAAUGGAUGAAAUAUGGUGAUCGCUAGCCGUAAGAUGGACCGUUUGGGAACGAGAUAUAUUGUGACUGACUACUUGAACCAUCGUCUGUCGAAGAAUGGGCACACAUGGACUCACUGCCCGCCCCUCCUGGAUCCCCCCCUCAAGAUCCACACCACAAUGCGGGACAAGGGGGACGAAUUCGAGGAACUAUACAAGGUCCAGUUCCAGGACUUGGUGGACCAGCUGCACGUGACCCACGAUACGUGUUAUCCCAUGUUUAAGGCGGUGGUUGAGGAACUGUUCCAAGGGGGCACGAAUUGGGGUCGGGUGGUGGCGCUGUUCGCGUUCAGUGGCUCCCUGGCCACGCGCUGUGUGGAGAAAGGGAUGGCGGGACUAGUGGACUCUAUCGUGGACUGGGUGACACAGUUCAUAGAACAGGACCUACGUCAGUGGAUAGACCAGCACGGGGGAUGGCAAGGCUUCGUCGACUUCUACUCGCGGAAGGACCAAUCAAACAAUGACGACAACCCCUGGGUGAAGUACGGGGUCCUAGGAGCCGUGGGGGUAGUGGUGUUGGGGGCAUUGAUGACACAAAGGACGUGAAAUAAGGCCCAGAAAGACGGGACCAAACUCUUCUUCUUAUGCCAGCCCCCAGGGAUGGGGAUCGGUCGCUGCGGAGAACAGCAGACGAUGCCUCGGUCUAAACUUCUGUUAAACAUGGAUGUUGUGACAGCAGUUCCCAAGCUUUCCACAAGAAAAAUCAAUGCCGGAGAUUAUUUCAUUUCUAUCUUAGGUUCUUAUAUAUGGGGCCAACAAUAAGAAAGUGGGUCUAAAUGUCUUUAAAAGAUGCAUAAUUUUUGCAAAAUAUGAUUAAAAGGUGAAAUCCAUUAUUCAGAAAUCUAAAGAAGGUGAUAUUCUUUAUGUUGUGUUGUGAGUUGAGUGUCAGUAGUAGCUGUUUUAUUUUUAUGUACAGAUGAAAGCAAUGUCUGAAGAGAUAGAAUGCCUGAAUUGUUCUACUAGAAUGUGGUAUAUUUGUUUAACAGUACGAAUGACAGAAAUAUUUGUUAACCAAACGUAAAACUAUUGUGUAUUUGUUAACUGAAACAGUACUUGCUGAGGGAACAUAUGGAGGAUUACUGUGUUUGUGUAUGGAACAUUUGAAGAACAAGUAUUUGUUAACAGAACAUGGGAAUUGUAAAGUGUGUGUUGAACAUGAAAUGAGUCUAAUGAUGGCUGAUGCAGAUGUUGUUAUUGUGGGUACAAUGUAUUUUUAUUUUGAAGCUAGAAAUUGUCAAUUUUCACACUUGUCCUUUUUAUUAUUUAUUUUUUGUAAAGAAAGGAAAGAAUGGAGAGAUAGAAUCAUAAGACAAGAAAUGGACGGUAUUCCCUGGAAAUUAUCGCCAUCUUCUCUAGUGUAUAUUUAUAUCCAUUGUCAUUCACAAACAUUAUAAUAUGCCAUUGAAAGGUUUCAAGAACUACUAUGUAAAGUAUCUAAUUGUACUAAUUAUCUUUUAAUCAGCUGCAUAACUUGGUGCCUUUGUUAGGUCGUCCUCUGUGAUGUAGCAGCUUAUUUCUUAGCAUACACACUUACACUUCAUGGCUUAACUUAGGGCAUUACUGGUAUGUAAGAAAAAAACACAGAAUUCUACAAAUAGAGGUUGUACAAAUAGUGGCCGUACCAUACCUUCAGAAUUAUUUUUGUCAUGAUGUAUAAAGUCUAACUCUAUAUUUGAUGAUUUCAUGAAUAUUAAUACAUGAUUUCAGAAUUCAAGGAAGUUUCUAUUCCAGAUCUUUACUCCUAAUUAUUUUAGGGUGGAAUCAAUGUUAAGAAUGAUCCCAACUGAAAGAUUUGUUUAUUUAAAAAAAAUAUAUUUUUAAUUUGGGGAGGGGGUAUAUUUAAAUGAAUCAUAAGUAAGAAGUGUACAUGAAAAUGUAUAAAUUACUAGUAGCUACAUUGAAUUUAAGUCAGAAUUUUUUUGGGGUUUUUUUUUUUUGCUGUCGCAGGGAAAUGGUUUCUUUCAUGAAUUGCUGAUAUAGACCGAAUAUAAAAAUUACUAUGAAUUACAUGAAGAAGGGGGAAAUAUAGUUUCAAAUUUACGGCAUGGUACUUUAUACCCCAAAACUCGCUUUAGUUGGUCAGUUUGUAGAGCUGAAUAUUAAUCCCAUGGCUUAUUUUUCUAUUUUGGUGAAAGAAGAUACAGAAAAUCACUAGCUGUUAAACUAGAGUUGUUAUUUUUUGCAAGCGUUUACAACAAACACCUCAAAAUCAGUUGCACUUUAAGUUUCUGAUGUAAUGCCACUACAGGUCUUUCAUUUUUUUUUUUUUUGAGUGAAAACCAGGUUAUUUUUAAAAUUGCUCUUGACAAGCAAGAAUGGUAUAUUUCUGCUAUUUUGAAAGCAUUACUUAUCUUAGUGGAUGGGCGUUUCCUCUUAAAAGUUGUAAAAUUGUAUAAUCUGGACGACGCUGUAACAGAAAGCUGUUACUGUCUGCUGACAAGUGUGUAAACUUUGUUUUGAAAAACACGAUUUCUCUGGCUUUCUUCAUUGCUCCAUGUAGAUAAUACACAGUGACUGUAGUUUUGACCUACAUUGACCAUAGCAUCCAUCCAUGGUGACCCAUAAUGGUACCGUAGGUCAUAUUCCUCUAAGUUUGCAGAACCCUUCACCAUGUAGUAAUGCAAUCUGAUCACUCUCUUCUCUCAUCUAAAGAAAAGAGCUUAUUGUGUCAAUCACAACCUGUGCUUUUUAUCAUGCUAUAUGAUGCUAUACUACAUAUAUAUUUACAAUAUAUACAUGAAUGUACUUGUACAAAGAAUUUUGUAAUUUACAAAAGUUUCAUUCAUUAUUGACCAUAUUUCAUUUUUUAAAUUAUUAAAUUCAGUCUCCAUGUAACACCUGGAUUGCUGUUUAAAUAAGGCAGUCAGGUUUCCAUAGGUUUAAGGUAGGAGAUCUAUCAAUCAAGAAGGAUAACUGUUGAUGUGCCAUUCUAUUAAGUUGUAACAAUAACUUUGGUACAUGUUGGAGUGUGAAAAAUUCGAAUGAAAAGAGGUUUUUUGUGUGAAUACACGACCGAACCAAAAGUUAGUUAAGUGUUGUCCGUUAUUAUUUAAUGCAAGUGUAAGAAACUCAGAAAAUAUGGAAAGUUUGGAGGAAUAGAACAUUUUUUUAAAUCUGUAAGCUUUUGUCCUGAUAGUCUCUACAAGGUGAAAUGAGAAAGAGUCUCACAGAUUAUGUUCUUUGUGAGCUCAACAAUUAUAUUUAAGUACACCUUAAUAUGGGUUACAUAUCAGUUAAUAAAAUUAGGUGCAUUAUAGUUUUGUAAAUUAGAUUUUCUUUUAAUUAAAUGUUUGAGUGCAUAGUAUACACAAAAUGAAGACAAGCUGAAUGUUAAACUGAUCUUAAAUGACAUGAAAACAUUCUAUGUUGGCAGCCAUAUUGUUUUUUGUUAUAUAUAUACUUUUGUGUUUUAAGCAUAUUCAUUUCUCCAUUCUUAUUGUUAUUGUCAGCCUCUGAAAAAUGUUUAAGUAGUAUGUGAAUAUUAAAUUAUUUCUGAAUGAAAAA